UUGAAAUAUAUCCAAAUGAUCGGGACUGGUUCCACUUUUAGUUUUUCAUCCCGAUGCACAUCGAAAAAACCAAAACAAUGGCCACAGGUCGGCCAUGUGGUCCGAACAUAUUGAUAACAGGAACCCCUGGUACAGGAAAAUCUACUUUGGCAGAAGAACUAGCACAAAGGGCAAGUCUGAACUACAUAAACAUUGGUGAUUUGGCAAAAGAAGGCAACCUGUAUGAAGGAUUUGACCCACAAUACAACUGUCCAAUUAUAGAUGAAGAUAGGGUUCUUGAUGAAUUAGAAGAUCAAAUGGGACAAGGUGGUAACGUCAUAGAUUAUCAUGGUUGUGAAUUCUUUCCUGAACGUUGGUUUGAUAUUGUGUUUGUUCUGAGGACAGAUAAUUCUAUUCUGUAUACCAGAUUAGAAAGCAGGGGUUAUAAUGGAAAGAAGUUAGAAGAUAAUAUACAGUGUGAAAUAUUUCAGACAAUUUUAGAGGAAGCUAGAGACUCAUAUAAAACAGAAAUAGUCCAUGAACUGGCCAGUAAUACUCCAGAUGAUAUGGAGGAUAAUUUAGAUAAAAUUCUUUCAUGGAUAGAGCAAUGGAAGACUACACACUAGCAGCAAAUAAUUGACUAAUCAGCUUUCUGCUAAUUAAUAUCCCUACUUAGUGAAGCAGUGGUCUAUAUUGAUCAUUGUGUCUGUGGGGUUGUCAGUCCAUAAUUUGUAUUUGCAGACCUAUUUAAAAAAGUGACUAGAUUUCCUUGAAACUUUCAAAGAAUGUUUAAUAUCUUAUGGCAUUGUUUACUCUUUCCCUUUAUUUUCUUUUUAAAAAACAUUUUGGGUCUUUCACAUUACAAAGCAUGAACUUUGCCAUAUUGAUACAAAAGGGGAUAUAAAUUUUCCUUACCAAUAUGAUUUGGAGAGGGUAUACGUUUUUGAGCUCUGCUCAUGAUUUUUCUUGUUUAUUAUAAUUUACUAGACAAUAUUGUGAGUCUGCCUUUUUUGUUUAUGCUGGUUUGAGCUUUACUGUAAUGUUAACAAACAAAAUGUUAAAACUAACUUUAGGAUUUAUUGUCAGAUUAAGACAAUGAAUGAUAUUGUAGUACAAAAAUGUUAACUUCAUAACUGAUAACUUUGUAUGAGCUGUAAAAGUGUUUUCUUGAAUUUAAUAGUUAUUGCUAGUUCAUAUAAUGUAUGAUAAAAAAAAUGACUUUUUCCUCUGCAAGGAACACAAUCUAAUAUAUAAGGAGGAAUGAGAAUUAAUCAUUCAAUUUGUUUGUAAAUGUUGUAAAAGAAUACUAUCAUAACAAGUAUAAUCCUGCCACAUUUUGAUGGGAUUGUCUGAUGUCUGGAAUCUCGACAAGGUUUGUCACUGGCUCUAUUGUUUUUUAUGUGGGGCGGAGGGAAUCAAGAAUUUUAUGUGUAGCUUGUCAUAGUUUUAGUCUGAUAUGGUGAGCUGAUGCCUCAUUGACCUUUAUCCUUUGUCCUUCAUCUCCUUUUAUUAAAGGUUAAGUUGUGAAUAAGGCUUUAAAAGCGUUCGCAUGUUUAAGUGGUUCAAAAAUGUAUUUUAGUGCUUGACAAAAAUAUUUUUUUCUGUUUGACGAGUUAAGGCAGCAUGCAUGUUGUAUUUGAUGAAUAUUUGUUAUUGAUACUGUUGAUAAAAUAAUAAAUUUCUCUACAUACAA